AUGCUGCGCAACGUUGCUUGUCGCUUGGCACCGAAGCCGUGCCACCUAAACCCCCGCGUAAUCGAGGCGGAGUACGCCGUGCGAGGGUUAAUCCCAUCCCGCGCGGACGAGAUCAAGGCGGAUCUGGCCGCUGGCCGCGGCUCCUACUCGUUCCAGAGCCUUGUGUACUGCAACAUUGGUAACCCGCAGUCGCUGGGGCAGAUGCCACUGACGUUCUGCCGGCAGGUAAUGGCGCUGGUGGAUGCGCCGUUUCUGCUGGAGGACCCGGAGAUAGUCGCGCGGCUGCCAGUGGACGCCGUUGCGCGAGCGCGUGAGUUCCUUGCGGAGAUCGGCACGGGCACUGGGGCGUACACGGAGUCGUUUGGGUACCGGUUCGCACGCGCUGCUGUUGCUGCCCACAUUAACCAGCACAGCCACCACGUAGGCCCCGCUGCAACGGUGGACGAUGUCUGUCUGACGGACGGGGCGAGCACGGGUGUGAAGGUGUUUCUGCAAGUUCUUAUUGGUGGUUCGAGCGACGCGGUGAUGGUCCCGAUCCCGCAGUAUCCGCUGUACUCUGCGCAGAUCACGCUGCUUGGUGGGGUGAAGGUGCCGUACUACCUGCGCGAGGCGGAGGGGUGGGGGGUGCAGGCGUCAGACCUCGCUGCUGCGUAUGACCAGUGCGUGGCCGAGAGCGGCGCGACGCCGCGCAUUUUUGUGUGCAUCAACCCAGGGAACCCGACAGGGAAUGUGCUGGAGCGCUGCGUGAUGGAAGACGUGGUGCGGUUCUGCCACGAACGUGGGAUGCUGUUGCUUGCGGAUGAGGUGUACCAGGAAAACGUGUACGACCCGCGGCGCCAGUUCGUUAGCUUCCGUGAGGUUGUGCUUGGGAUGCCUGAGCCGUACUGCGUGGAGACAAUGCUCGUGUCGCUGCACUCGACGUCGAAGGGCGUGAUUGGGGAAUGCGGGCGGCGUGGUGGGUACUUCUGCAUGACAAACCUGCCCGGUGAGCUGCGCGCGCAGGUUACAAAGCUGUGCUCGAUCAACCUGUGCGCGAAUGUGAACGGGCAGGUGAUGACGGCGCUGAUGUGCUCGCCGCCGCGUGAGGGCGAUGCGAGCUACACGUUGUACCGGCGCGAGUACGACGGGAUCUUUACGAGCUUGAAGGAGCGCGCUGCGCUGCUUGCACGCGAGCUUGCGACUGUGCGUGGGCUCUCGUGCCAGCCGGUGGAGGGCGCGAUGUACGCCUUCUCGACAAUCACGCUGCCUGCGCGGUACGGCGCGCGGAACGAGGAGCUGAACGCGAAGGAGGGGCGGCAGCUGGCGCUGGAUGCGCGCUGGGCACUGGAGCUGCUCGAGUCGAGCGGGGUUGUGGUGGUGCCGGGGUCCGGGUUUGGCCAGGCGGCGGGGACGCUGCACUUCCGAACGACGAUUCUGCCGCCGCUCGCGCAGAUGGAGCGAAUGGUUCAUGCGAUCCGCGAGUUCCAAGAGCUGCUCUACAAGCAGUACGCGUAA